UACACAAACAACAAAAAUGGCGUCCAAAAGCAGCAGCUUUAUGGAUACGAGAGCUGAACUCGCCGAACUCGUAAAGCGCAAGGCCGAAAUAGCGGACACACUCGCGAACCUCGAGCGACAGAUCUAUGCAUUCGAAGGCAGUUACCUGGAGGACACGCAGCUGUAUGGAAACAUUAUACGAGGCUGGGACCGGUACUUGGCGCCGAACAAGAACACAAACAGCAAGGCAGACAAAAGGAACCGCAAGUUCAAGGAAGCUGAACGUCUCUUCUCAAAGUCUUCCAUCACUUCUAUGGCUGCUGUGAGUGGCAUUAUAGAGAAGGAUGAGAGAGACCGCACCAACAGCGAGUCCGAGUCACAGAACCAGCAGAGUGGCAGCGAGGAGAACGGGCCUGUGUCCUCCUCCCUGUUGGCGUCACAGGGGGGUUCCACUGUGGCCGGCAGUGGUGGAGGUUCAAGCAGCAGCACAUCCAGCAGCAGUUCUGGCGGCGCUGUCAACGGGGGGCCUGGCGGGCCGCAGUCGCCAAACCCAGGUGCCAGGUCACACAAGGGAAGCCUGCCUCAAGCCUCCAUGGCUUCCCAGCAUCAUCAUCAUCAGAGGGGCAUGGCAACACCCUCAUCAUCAUCCGCCGGGAGCGUCAAAAAGUCGGCAAAAAAGUUCCGCAGGGCUGUCGAUGAGUGAAGAGGGGUGGAGCUUGGGCCCGGAACAUGAUCAGGGGUAUCCAUUCUUUUUACCGGCCAUAACCUUGGCACCAGUCAUGUCAUCAUCACGUUGAGAGCGGCUUCGCAGUGUGGCUUGUGUCACUACUGCAACGGAACCACAUGGAGCAGAGCCUAUAAAGAACUUGUAAAUGAGAUGUUGCAUUGUACAGCGCAGAUGGUAGCCUUGUGUAGCUGCUGCAUUAAAGCCAUCGUCCCAUUA